GAUUGUUUUGUUGCAGCACAGGAAGAACAACUGUCAAAUUUCAGAAAAGUUUGCUGAAUACAGCAAGAGCAGAAACAUUUAGCAUGUGAUUUAAUCUCUCAUAUCAGAACUAAUAAGCGGAUAUUACUGAAUUCCAUCCAAAUAAGAGACACUUGGUUAACUGGCAGUUUAAUAUUUAGCUCGUUGGUUUGAACCAGCAGCGUUGUUGCAGUCAGCAGUUCAAAGUCUGCGCAUUUAUUCUGUUACGCAAAGUCGUGCUGCUCCAGUGAUGGCAGAUCCCAGUCCUCCUAAAACUCUGAACUUUAACGUCGGUGUCCUCGGCCAUGUGGACAGCGGGAAAACGUCUCUCGCCCGUGCGCUGAGCAGCACCGCAUCCACCGCAGCCUUCGACAAGAACCCGCAGUCCAAAGAACGAGGCAUCACGCUGGAUCUCGGCUUUAGCGCGUUUACGGUGCCGUUACCGGAGCACCUGAAAGAGUCCUGCGGGGAAAGACAAUACGACAGUCUGCAGUUCACACUGGUGGACUGCCCGGGACAUGCCUCUCUCAUACGCACUAUUAUUGGGGGUGCUCAGAUCAUUGAUCUGAUGAUGUUGGUGGUUGACGUUGUGAAAGGAAUGCAGACACAAACAGCAGAGUGCCUUUUAAUUGGUCAGCUCACCUGCUCUCAUAUGAUCGUCAUCCUCAACAAAACAGACCUGUUGCCUGGUGACAAGAGACAGGCGGCUAUUGACAAAAUGACCAAGAGGAUGCACAAAACUCUUGAGAACACAAGAUUUAAAGGCUGCCCUAUUAUUGCUGUGGCAGCAAAGCCAGGUGGUCCUGAGGCCCCAGAAACAGACGAGCCACAAGGAAUAACUGAACUCAUAGAUUUAUUGAAGGCCCAAGCCUUCUUUCCUCGUAGAGAUCCAUCAGGUUCUCUUCUGAUGGCUGUAGAUCACUGCUUCUCCAUCCGUGGUCAGGGAACAGUCAUUACCGGCACCAUCCUACAAGGGUCACUCAGUGUCAAUGAUAAUGUAGAGAUACCAGCAUUAAAGGUGACUCGCAAGGUCAAAUCUGUGCAGAUGUUUCGUAAGCCAGUUCCCAGUGCUAUGCAAGGGGAUCGGGUCGGUGUGUGUGUAACACAGUUUGAUCCAAAACUGUUAGAACGGGGUGUGGUAUGCACACCAGGUUCAUUGCAGACUCUUUACGCUGCUGUUAUAUCCGUCCAAAAGAUUGAAUACUAUCGCGGAGCACUUACCAGCCGUGCAAAGUUUCACAUCACUGUUGGACAUGAAACUGUUAUGGCACGUAUUUCAUUUUUCAAUCAAGUGAUUCUUGCCAAUGAAAAUGGAGACUGUAACCCCACCUCUCCAGAGCAAAAUGCUAAAUCUUUCUCAUUUGAUUGGGAGUUUCACCACUUGGAUGAGUAUUUGACAUGUCAGGCAGAAGGUGGGAAUGGGGAGCCACAGCAAUGGGCUUUACUUGAGUUUGAACGUCCGGUCACAUGUCCACCAUUUUGCUUAGUGAUUGGGUCACGACUGGACUCAGAUAUCCAUGGUAACACAUGCAGGCUUGCCUUUCAUGGAAAGCUUCUGGAAGGCUUUGAGGACAAAAACUACACAGAGACAGCACUGCCUCGGCUCAAAAUCAGCAAAGACAAGCAGAAAGAAGGAGCAGUGGAACGGGUGACAGAUGACUACACUGUGAUUGGUCGAAACCUGUUUAAGAAGGAGACAAACCUUCAGCUGUUUGUGGGUUUAAAAGUUACACUGUCAACAGGAGAAACGGGAUCCAUUGAAGGUGGCUUCGGCCAAAGUGGCAAAAUCAAAAUCAGAAUACCAGAGGGGCUGAAAGAAGAAACCAAGCAGCUUCUAUCCUCUUCCUCUAAGAAGAAGGGGAAGGGUGGGGCCAAAAAUGAAUCCUCCAAAUCAGAGGAAACUAAGCCCGAUGCUCAGCCAGUCACAAUACAUUUGAACUUCAAACGCUAUAUAUAUGAUCCCCAAAAAAAGAUGGUACAGUCCUGAACAUCAGUCCAAUCAUUCCUAAUAAAUGCUGACAGGAAAGGGACAGAAAUAACCAACACUGAACAAAUACUACUAAAGUCUAGGAUAUGAAACAGAAAUGUCUUGUACUUGUUUUCUUGUGUGCAAAGUUUCUAUUCUGUUACUUUGCAUUUGUAUUAUUCCUUCAAAUGGGGAAUAAUAAAAAACAACAAAAAAGAAAAGAUCAUUCCUUUACUUAAUAAAUUCUGCUAUAUGACUGCUAGUAAAACAACUCUAUUAGCUUAACUGCUGUAGUUGCAGUGCACUGUAUUUUGUGAUUUACAUUUUGUUUGCAAGAGUGAGAAAAGUGUUUGUAUCUUUGAGUUUGCCAUAUCUAGAGUGGUUGGGACAUUGCUUUAGGGCAAAACACAUUGUGAGUAUAGGCAAAUAUUUCUGUUGGCAAAUCAUGGGCAAAAUGUGUUUCCACACACCCCACCGUCAGUUACUCUACGUUUAAAAAUAUCCUUUUUUCCAUAUGUAUGUUCCACUGUUUGUGUAUGUAUGGUUUUUUGUGUGUGUGCAAAAAACAAAACAAAAAUAACCUUAAUAAGGCCAACAGUAGGUCUUAUCAUUGUUCAUUGAUUUGCUUCAAAGAUUUGAAUAUCUAUUCCAGUUACGUUGUGGCAACUUGGGGGAAUAUGUAGGCAAAUUCUUUCUUAAUAUGCGAGUAUACAAAUAGCACCUGUACUAAAAUAUUAAAUGCCUUCUGUGUUGUUAUACUUCCCUGUUUGUACCUGACACCACAGUUAAAAACAAAACCUUUGUUUUUCAUUAUAAUUGCCAUUAACUGGACUUUUUUAAUAAGUGCAUACAUAGGUAACUGCCUAUCACUCAUUCGCUUACGCACUCUUUCUUUGACUAGCAAAUGUGCUGUCAUGGACUAAUUUACAGCAUCUCAUUACUCUAAAAGGAAGAUGUGUUGAGCUAACUGACAUUAAAGUUUUUUUAUA